AUGACCACCAGUGAAGAGGUGCAAAGCAAGUUGGACUUUGAGCAGCACAUGUACGAGGACAUGGUGCAGAUUGCCAUCUACGAGGGCUUCCAGAACCUGACCUACAAGUCGAUUCACAUGCUGCACUGGUUCACCCAUCACUGUCCCUCUGCGCGGUACCUCUUCAAGACCGAUGACGACAUCUACCUGCACAUACCCAAUCUCAUUCAGCUCUUCGCGAGCACCACCUUCGAGGGCUCACUGCUCUGCCACCACAACAACUCGCGCAAGAUUCUCCGCAGUCUAAAGGACAUUCACUACUUUGUGUACACGGUGAAAGACCGCACCAGAAAGGAAGUGCUCGAGCAGAUACGCAGCAAGUUCCACAAGUACCUCAUCAGUCUGGAUCUGCUGCCUGGCUCCCUCUACCCCGACUACUGCUCUGGCUUCGGAUACGCAAUGGACCACAGCACUGCCCGCAAACUGCUUCUCGCCUCAGCACAUAUUCCCUACGUCGGCAUCGAGGACGUCUUCAUCACCGGCAUCUGCCGUGAGAAGGCAAAGCUGGGCAUCACCAACAACGCCCACUUUACUCUCAAGCCCUAUGUGCAGCCCAUCGAGGCUGUUUGCGCGUUCGAGGGCGGGCGUGUGACCUCCAAUGAAAUGAACGGUCCCGAGCUUAGGAAACUGUGGACAAACAUCAACACUCAGGGCUACUACUGCAAGAUGUCCACUGGUGAGACGUGA